ACCUUAAAAAUAGUCUCCCGUCCACGCUUCACGUUGGCGCCAUGGUCGCCACCCAUCCACUAACGGUCCAGACAUCGCUGCUCCCGCCAAAUCGCAGGACGCCUCCAGCGCACGUUAGCGACACCCUGAUAUCUAUAAAUUCCUGACUCUCUUCUCUGUAAGCUCUCUCUAGUCUCCAUGGCUUGUGCUGUAGUGCACCUUUCCUCCCUCCUGCAAAACCCUAAUUUCCAUCCCAAAACCCACCUCCCUAUCUUUCCCAAAUCUCUCGGCUGCCAAAAGAGAAGAAUUCCUUCCAUCCAUGGGACCCACCUCAUCCACUUCAAAACUCUAGCCAGAAACCCUUCCUUCAACAUCAGCUGCUCUGCUGCGAAUAAGCCCUCCCCGUCCACUGAAUUCAGCUUCCAUCAUCUGCUCUUCAGUUCUGCAGCCAAGAUACGAAGUGAAGUUCUUUCUCCCUUCCGCUCUGUUAGAAUGUUCUUUUAUCUGGCUUUCAUUGCAAGUGGUGCCUUGGGAGGACUAAUUGCCACCACACGGUUGGUUGCUGCUCUUGCAAAUUCAUCAAGAGCAGAUUUGGCCCCUGAGAUCCUGAUGGGUCUUGGCAUAGACAUAGGAGCAGUCUUGUUUUUUGCAUUUCUUUAUUCGAGGGAGCGCAAUGCUAAGAAUGCACAACUAGCUAGGCUCUCAAGGGAGGAAGGCCUCUCAAAUCUGAAACUACGUCUGGAUGAAAAGAAGGUCAUUUCUGUCAGUGCUCUGAGAGGACUUGCACGCCUUGUCAUCCUUUCUGGCCCCGCCUCCUUCAUUGAGGAGUCCUUUAGACUGAGUAAACCUUUCACUGAAAGCCUUCUUGAACGAGGGGUACUGGUGGUGCCUUUUGCUACCGAUGGGGGCAUACCCAGCUUUGAUUUUGAAGAGAGUGAGGAGGAGACUGCUGUGCUUGAGAAAAAGAAAAGGCUUUGGCAGCUGCGCCCUGUAUACACCUCUGAAUGGGCCAACAGGUGGUUAGACGAACAAAAGGGAAUGGCUAAUGUCUCACCCGAGGCUCCAGUGUAUCUCUCGCUACGUAUGGAUGGUCGUGUUCGUGGAAGUGGAGUUGGCUACCCUCCUUGGAAUGCCUUCUCUGUGCAAUUACCACCAGUAAAAGGCCUCUGGUCAGGUAUUCUUGAUGGCAUGGAUGGAAGAGUCCUCUAGGUACAGGUGCAAUUGUAAGGUCUGAUGUUCAGGUGCUAGAAGAGUGGGGAAAUGAAAUGGGAGGUAAAAGGAACAUGUGGCAAAUGUCAGGAGAGAUUGUGGGGUAUCAAGUGGAGAAUGUCGAGGUUUCAGGAAUUGUUCCCUCCACUCUCAAGGUUGAAUUUUUUUCCAAGAUGUAUUGUGCCAUGUUGAGACAGUCUAUCAACACAAAGAUCACAUGCUUUCAAUCAUAUUUUCAAUGGCACUGAUUGGACAUCACAUUCUCUAUCAAGAGCGGAUACCAGAAUGGGAAGACAUUUAUAGGAUGACCUUAUUCUGGAUCCGAAACCUCCCAUGCACUAAUAUCUUGACCCGUUUUUUUUUCUUGUUCUUUCCUCCUCCUCCUUUUGGAGCAAUGAUAAUCAAUGCGGAUCGGAGGCUGAAGAUGCCCUUUCUGAGCACAUGCACGGUAUUCAAGGCUUCCCAGUUUCAGUACAAGGUGCCUUCUCAUCUCUGUCCCUCUCCAUUUCUUUGUACUAUCUCAGAUUAUAUACAUUAUAAGAAAGAGAAGAACUUGACCCUUCUCCCUGAAAGCUCUGAGAGAUUUGAAUCGCUUAAAUCCUUCAAAAACUUGGGCUACGCUUGGAUGUCUAAUAAAGAUGGGCUACGCUUCUUGACA